AUGGCUGUAAUUCUUCUCAGUUUUAUUGCAACUUCAUUGUUUCUUGAAUCAUUGACUGCAACUGAACAGAACUUUAGAAUACUUAACUGUAAAGUAACGCCGGCUGGAGAAAAUCUUGAAUCAGAAUUUAGACUGAGGGCUUCUGAGAAAGGUGUGAGAAUAGUCUACUUGAAUUUAAAAAUCGGUAACAACAGCUAUAAUCCACUGGACUUACCAGACGAGUUUCUUCCCGACAGAUGGGUGUGGGCUCGGUCAAAUAAUGAGCCCAUGCUGUCUUUGCCGUUCGAUUUCGAUAUUUUAUCCCUUGGACUUCUGAAUUAUCAAGUUGGAAGCAUGACAGUGCCACUGAGAGAUGAACCGAGUGGAUGCCUUGCAGGAUUAAACUCAACAUGUCAGAACUUGGUCGUGGGAAGAGCACUGUUGGAUAAUGUAACAAGUAAAAGCGGGAGCACUGGAGUUGUCUGUGUUGCAAUGAUAGAGAUUUAUUCUACAUAUCAAGAUGAGAAAUUAAGGUCAAUUAAAUAUCGUUGCUGCAGUUCUAAUGUUUCAAGUAUUCACUGCGAUCUUUCUAUUGUGGGCAGCAGAUGGUUACAAGCGAUUAAGACCUUUCUGUAUUGUUUGUCCGCUGUCGUGGUUUUUUAUUGCCCGGCCCUUCUUCUACUAUUACCUGACUGUAUUUUCAAUCUUCAGAAUGAAUGUGACAAGGAAGAUAUAACUGAAAACCAACUACCUAAUGGUGGACAGGCCCGAUCAGAUGGUUCCGGCAUGAGAAAUGGAUAUCAGAGAAUUCAAAGCGAAGAAGAAAACAGACUGUCAUGCAACACCGCCGAGGAAAUUCCUGUAGAUGACGCGAGUCCGGUUAUCUGUUCAACGUUUUUGCUCGGAUGUGUACAGCUUCUGCCUGAUUUAAAGUCAUCGUUUAACGUUAAGUUGGCGGUUUUAAUGUUUUGCAUUUUCCCAUUUUCCUUUUAUUUUCCGCUAGCAUUAUUCUUUUUCCUAAAGCCAAAAUAUAUCCAUGAACGCCUAAAGCAGCCCAUUUCCGAAAGUCCAGAGUUUUCAGCUAUUUCUGUUGGUAUGAUCUCGCCGAGCACAAUCUUGAUCCUUACAGUUUUGGUAUUACCAUGUUGGACAGCACUUUUGUUUCUAAAACCGAAGGAUUUGUACCUAAAUAAGUGUCCAUUAUGUGAUAGAGAGAAUGUAGAUUCGGUUAGUAUUGGAAAUGAAAUCCUUCAUCAUUUGAAACUGUUCCCGGAAACGGUUUACUUUUUUAUGUUAACCUAUCGUCACCUACUUAACAGAAGUCUGAAAAAAAUGGUAAGCCUUUCAACCUGCAACUUAGAGAUGAAUUAUAGGGGAUCGCGAAUGAGACGCGCGCUGUUCAGUUUGUGGCUGUUAUUUUCUAGUUUAUUCACGCUUUUUCUUAGCCUUGUUGGGGCAGCAUUCUGUUUGUUUCUUCUUUUAGUUUCUGUAAUUUUUUUGUUUUUUUGUUUUUCACCAUUAAUCUUUCUCCUCGAUAUCAUUUGCAAGAAAGUUUUAACUAUGACCAGAAGAACAAGCGAUAGCAUCGUUUUACGUAAUUUUCUCCUUCUUGCGUUCGUAAUAUAUCUGCUUUUUAUAACAAUUUUAUUAUAUAAUGGAAUAUUCACAUUAUGUACCUUUUUUGACGGAAUAUUAGGAUUCACAACGAUGGGAUUAGUUCUAAACGCAGAAAUUGUAAUUCCUUAUCUAUCUUUCCUUGUGGUUGUCAUAACGAAUGUCUAUUUUUGUUAUGCUAAUUUACAGAAAAAUUACAUGGCAGUUAAAGAAUUUAUCUUAAAAUACAGACAGCAAGAAUUAGAUUCCAACAGUGGUGCUGAUCAGAGCACAAUUCCAACAAAUCUGUUUUGGUUCGUGAGUGAUGAGGUACUUCCAGUUACAACUGAAAUCUGCCUGAUGCUUCGGGACAUGGCUGUUAUUGUCACAUUUCUGUUUUUAACGGUAUCUUCUAUCAUUUUCUUUAGAAAUGCGUACGAAAUUUCGACGCUUGUUUCUACCAUUGCCGUGUUUAUAAGUGGCGCAAUUCCCACCCUGUUUCUUAAGGGGCUCACCAGAGGGAAGAAUUUUUCUGGCUGGAGAAAGAUCCAGCUGGAAAGAAAAAUUAAAGUGGCGGUGAGAGAAUACGAGCGCGAAGUCAGCCGUGUAGGAAUAAACUGAGAAACCGUAGUAGGAGGUUCGUUCCAAAAUGACAGUUGCAUAGUCGUAUAAAAUAAUGCAUCACAGGCAGCCCAAGGGCGCUUUACUAGAGGAAAGCCAGUCCACUUGCGUAAGUCGGAUCCUACAAUUCAGUCUGAAAGUGAAGAGGUGAAGUCUCCACGAAACUGAUCUAAAUAGUAUGUUAAAUCCUGUUGUUUGUGCGCUUUGAGACUUUUAAUACUGGAUGUCGUCACUGGCAUCCCAUGCAGGCUUGGCUUAAAAGAAGUCCAUCGUACGAAGGACCACAACCUUACAAAUUUUAAAAGGUGAGAGCAUGGUUAGCCUGUGGUUCCAACAACAACAACAACAACAACAACAUCUUUUGUUUAAACACGGUGGGUUUUAAAGUUAAUAUAGCUUAUGGGGCCGAGUUAAAAAAUGUUAAUAAAAUAAUGAAAAUUAUUAAAAUUGAAUGUAGUCAAUAAAAGGUGAAAUACGUACAAUAAGAGAUAUGAAUAGAAUUAAUAAAAGACGAAAUCACUGUCAAUUUGGGGACGGCCCAUUUGCGGUGACUCUUCAUUAAAGUUCAAGCUUCUGAGGCGUGAGACUUUUUUGCCCUUUUGGCAUAGUCCCUGGCGCUGACAGUGGAUGGUUCUAAAAGAUUCCAAACAAUAGAUCCUCUUUAAGAAAUAGAGUUUUUGAUAUAAUAAGUUUCAAGACGUUGAACGCUAACACGAUGUUGAUGACGGAGGUCAUACUUAGACUCUUUCCUUUGGAUUAUAUGUUCCAAGCAUGAUGGAGUUAUGCAGUUGUAGAUGUUAUAAAUUAAGAUGGCAAUUUUGACCUUAUGAGUGUCGAAUAAAGAGACCCAGUUUGCUGUUUUUCUUACAUCCUCAGACUCUAGCAGCCCUACAAUGUAUGGAUUCUAAACACCCACAAAUUGGAAGCGCAUAUGUAACCGAGGGUAAAUUGACUUUAAAAUAUAUAUCUAAAAGCGAAUUCCUAGGUAAAAAGCGGCUGCGUUUGAUCAGAUUGAGCUUAUUAACGAACCCUCUCUGGAGCUCUGAUAUAUGUUUUGUCCACGUAAGUUUGUUGUCAAUGGUUACACCUAACAGCUUAGAACUUGAGGACCAUUUUAUGAGAUACUGGUUAAUUUUUAAACUGCCUAAGCGACCGAUCAAAUUAUUUCGUUUAAGGAUCAUUCUCUCGCACUUUUUGGCGUGUGGUACUAGGGAGUUAUGUUUGCACCAGAGGGCGAGUUCUUCUAGAGCUUUGUUCAGCGUUGUUGUGACCUGGUUUACAGAUUCACUAACACAGUACAUGGUAGUAUUAUCGGCAUACAGGAACGUCGUUGCAGUGUUAACUGCUUUCGGUAGAUCGCUUGUGUAGAAGGCGAAGAGUAUGGGCCCGAGUAUGGAGCCCUGUAGUAUACCGGAGGCAACUUUGGUAUUCUCAGAGGGUACGCCAUUAAUUACAGUAUACUGUUCCCGUUCAGAUAGAUAAUCUCUUAGCCAUGCCAGUAGGUUUCCCGUGAAUUCAAAGUUGUGCUCUAGCUUGUGAAGAAGGAUUGAGUGUGAAACGCGAUCAAACGUCUUCUGGAAGUCUAAGAAUACGGCGUCCACAACUAAUUUGUUAUCGAUUGCUCGUCGCCAAGUUUCAGUCAGGUGGAUGAGUAAUAGCUCUGUCGAUCUUCGUUUUCGGUAGGCCCAUGGGUUGUCAGUGACGAGCGCUUCGUUUUCCGAGAAAACAUGUUUCGUAAUCAUGUGCCGCUACACGAUUCUAAAAUCUUGCUGGGUAGAUGUACCCUUAGCAAGGAGAGGGGACGAUAACUACUCAUUUCCGUAGGAUCAUCUUUUUUAAAUGCAGGUGUUAAUCUGGCCACUUUCCAAUUAUUGUAGACUCUUCAUUCGCGUAUGCUUUGCAUGAAAAGGCUGGUCAGCGGCCCAACAACAGCAGUACCUGCGAGUUUCAGUAAUUUGGGUGAUAUACCAUCCGAUCCGGUGGCUUUAUUAUUCUUCAAUAAUGUUAUAUUCCUGUCAAUAUCAAGGCUAGAUAGACUAAUAUCGGAUAUACUUGGUACAGGUAUGGAGCAUGGACUAGUCAAGAAUUCAGUGUAGUGCUUGGAGUCGCCCAGCAUUUAAUUUCUCAGCUAUCGUGGAGAAGAAAGAGUUCAUAAGGCUCGCCUUCUCCGUAUCUUUUACCGCUAAGCUGUUGUCGUCACGCUUUAAUGGACCUAUCUUCUUCCUUACUUUGGGCUUGGUAGCUUUGGAUAAUACAUUCCAAUACGUCGAGGUGGUCUUCGCCUUUUUCAGCUGACCUCUGAAGUAUGCAGCCUUCGCUUUCCUAAGGUCAGAUGUUAUUUCGUUUCUCAACCUCUUAUAGUCGGCCCAUGUAUUUGGAUCCUUAGUUUUAACAGCUCUCUUGAAUAAUUUAAAUCUAUUCUUGCCAGAAAUUGAGGACAACAUGGCGCUGGAGCAUGCGCGUCAUUUACUUUUCCCGUUCUUUAAAUAUGGCGACCAUAUGAAGGAUUAAUGGGGAGACGAAGUGAGACGAAGAAUCGCUCACCUCCCCACCUCUAAACCUUCGCAAGGCGAUCGUGGCUUUCAGUUAUGUUAAUUUGGCAAUGUGUCAAGCUCCCAAAGUUGGUUCGUGAGUCACCAGAAAAAGGUGGCUUUCUUUGCUAUACAAGAGUCUGUAAUGUUGCCUAAGCGCUUUUCCUUAAGCAAGUAAAAGGUCAUUAUAUGUCGGUGUUUCCUCCUUCCCCACGUCCUGUUUCUUGAAGGAUAUGUUUAUGUUCAUUUUUGUACGGUUUUAGAGGCCUAACGUCUUUGCUAAACCAGUUCGCUUUUCCCUGAAAUAUAGCAAUUCCACAGAGUGAAUCUCUACGCCAUUACUGCGAAGAAGAGAAGACGUCUCUUCUCCCGAUUUUUUCUGAGGGAGGGGGGACGUCUGUACACAGGCUAGCAUUUUGGAGACUUUUUCAAACCAUAACUCCCUCGAUCAGCCGCCAUUUCUAAAACAGACAGGUUACCAAGCCAGAGUGACACAAGGAACCCCGUUUUGUCACGAUCGAACGAUCACAGGGAAGCAUCAGCCAAGGGUUGGUGCUUGUCUAAUAAGGACUCAGGCUAGAUUUUUGCACAUUUUUGCACAGCUUGGACUUUAGGAACCAGUGUUAAUUAGGUUUAGCCUGUUAAAAAAACCGCCAAAGUCAGAGCGUAGUUUUGAAACCUUUUUAUACUUACAAUUACUUUUAUGACUUAGUAUCAUAAAUAAAAACAAAUUAAAGUUUUGCAACCACCGCAAUACUGUAAUUAAUGACCAAUAAGUUGACCACAAACUGGUGGGUGCUUGUUAAAACCGUUUUACAGUUGGUGGAAUAUCAUCCUCUUGGUUAGACUUUCUCAGAGUCCUUUGCUUCUCAUUUCCGGUUCCGGUAGUAGGCCCCAGCGCGAAGGUCGAGUCGAGCCCCCGCUCUCUCGUUCGCUUUUGCCGCAGAAAACUUAGAAAAAUGUCCCGCUCGCGCUCGAGAAAAAAUUUGAGCUCGACUUUUUGACAAGUCUACCUCUGUGUGAGUGUAGUUAACAAUUAUUCCUUGAGCUCAAAUGGGCUCUGAGUCAAUAGCCCAUGAGGCCGAAGGCGGAAUGGGCAAUUGACUUAAAGGCGAUGAGGGCGAGAGGAAUAAUUGUUUUAGUAAAAUCCAACUAGUUGGUGAAAAAUAUCGAGACAAAAAAACUUUAGCUAGCAAAACGCGAUUCAGCCGCCAUUGUUUUGGUUUUCAUAGCCUACGCGUAGCCGCACCCUCCCCCCGACGAAGGAAAAACGGAGAGAGGGAGCGAUAUAGCCUAGUAGUAGCUCAACCAAUCAUAACGCAGCAUUGAUUAAUAGACCACUAGUUGGAGUUUACUAAUACUGAAUAGGACUGUUGUUGACAAUGACUGAGAUUUCGUCAACCUUUGCAGCAGUGAAUCUUAUCACGUCAGUUGAUGAUGGUAUUAAAGGCUCUGGCUAUCGACCUGAUUGGGCAAAAAAUCUCUCUUGCUGUGAACUUAUUGCGUACCUCAUAAGUCUUAAUCUUUUAACUGGGCUGCCUGAGGCGAACGCAUUUUAUAAAAUGGGAAGUCGUAGUGGGCGUGUAUCGUCCGCCUCAUCUAAUCUUUACACUAGAGAGAUUAAGUUUCACGUUUACGCCAAACGGCAAACGUGAAUUUGUACCACGUGACCAAGUUUUCCCCUUAUUUUUCGUUUACUGUUUAUUGCUUCUACACAAAAAUAGGUAAAUUUAUGCCAGUUUUAUCCAAAAGAAUCGCUCUGGACUGUUUUUAUCUGCUUAUUUUCUAUUUUGAGAAAUUCUCAACUGACGUUUGCCGUUUGCCGUGUGCCGUAAACGUGAAUCUUAAUCUCUCUACUAUUUCAGAGCAAUAUCUAUAAGGUUAAUAUAAGAGAGUUCCUUCCUCGGGAUUUACGUCGUGAAAACGGACAAACUUUGACCUUAUGAUGGUUUAACAUCAACUGCUUACCCAUGUUAAGCGAGGGCAGCCAUUAAAUGAAGACGUGUUUGAUGUUAGCGUACUGUGCUUUUUCAUCGUCUUCUGCAAAAGAUUCUACGAUGAGUACCUUGUGGGGUUUUUCUUCACUAUUUGUUGAAGUUUAAACCUUUGGAUGAUUUUUUCCCUACCAAAAGGUGAUGGCAAAUCUCGGUGUGUUUGUGGCUGGAGUGUGUGUGUACACCCAUUGAAUAAAGAUUUCUCUCAAGCUGUCAUUGGCACUUUUUAUCAGUGCCAUUUUUCUUUAUGUUGAAGUUUAAGGCCCGUUUCAAACGUCAAAUUAAAUUCGACUUUGGCAGGGCACUAGUGCGACGCUUGAAACCAAGUCGUGCUACUGCCGUGUAGCACGGCAAGCCUUGCCGUGCUACACGACAGUAGCUCAACUUGGUUUGAAACGUCGUGCUACUGCCGUGCCGAACUCAAUUCAUAAAUUAUAAAUAAAUUAGAAUAUAUUUAAAAGUUUGCUAAACCGUUUUCGUUUCGUUGUCUAUCAAAGUUGGUUGGCGGAAGAGAUAAAACAAUGGACUGCUAUAGGCACAGGACGCAGAGGAUUUAUUUGUGCAUGACCUUGAUGCCGGUAAAAUUUACAAUUCACGGCAUAAAUUGCCCUUGUUUGCUGUACAAUCGAAUGUGAAAUUGACCGACCAAAAGUCAAGCGAUCGUAUACAAGCUGGCGGUAAAAAAGAGGCAGCCCAAGCUCAGUAUGAUAGUUUAAUGGCAUCAUAUUGCGCAAUCCUCAAAGUGGCCGUGAUGAAAAUAAUCGCUUCAGAACAAUCCAAGAAGAAACCAAUAACACAGCAAAUACAAAAGUAAAGCACGGAUGGACAAACUUGAAGAGGAUUAAAACGGAUUAAAAUCGUGGAUUUUGAAAACUUUUUAGCGUAACGAUUUUUCAAAGUUCAUUUUUGUUGUUUGUAAUGUUUGAUACAGAGCUUGCCGGUGGGAAGUGUAUUUGUUGGACAAGAAGCUGUGAUUUUCUCGUUUACAAGUGAUUUCUUAGAUACGUUUAAGUUCCAUAACGCAUAGGGAAGCGUAAUUGGAAAUAUUAAGAAAAUGAACUAGGCAGCCGUGAGACAGCCCCCUUAAUGGUGAGGUGGAAAAUGACGCGUGCGGGGUGCGAACUGUGGAAUCUUUUAUAUAAAUACACUCCGGUACUCUGUACUUCACAUUUUCCUCCUAGCCCGGUGAGAUUAGCCGAAGUAUCACUUUACAACACCUAAAGGAUCAAAACACGAACUUACACUAGCGGCCACCUCUCCAAAACCGGUACUUUUUUGUCCUAGCGGCCCGUCCAUACAUUCACUAAUCAGUUUAAACCUCUCUACAUCGGCCACUAAAGCGCUUCCCUAACUGCCUCGACACGGCCAUUUUUUUUCAGUGACUGACGGAAAACUCAUGGAUGGUCAUGAAAUUUGAUCCGUAUGGGGCGUCGACAAUUAAUCGCGGCAAGUCUUACAAUUCAGUUAAGAUUAAUGUAAAUACAGUACUAUUUUUGUAAGAACCUUUUUUUAGAACAUACUUAGAACAUAUACCUCAGGCUGAGAGUCUGAGUAAGAACAUUUUCCCUUUGCUCAUUUGUUUUUCGACUAAUUUUGGCGAUUUUUUGACGAAUACAAACGCACUCGAAAAAGUUGCCUUCCUCCCUUACUUAUAAAACUUCGAAAUAUUUUCAGAUACAAACAAGUUGUAAGGCCUUGUAAUGUCGUAGAGAGAAUGUUUCUCAGAACAUGGGAACUGGUUUUUCCAGUUUAGAGAUUUUUUAGGAGCCAGACGUCGGUAAAGAUCAUCUGAAAUGGGGAGGUUUUAAGUACCUCGUAACGUUUUGUUGUUGUUGUGAAAUGCUUUAACAGACCCCCGUACUGCCUUAAACUAGACUUUUAGAUAAGUUUAGGGGUAGGGAAUCUGUUAAAGCAUUUCUCAACAAUGUUUAUCUCGUUUACCUCCCUCUACGCCCGUGGUAAAUUGUUUACCUUCGUCUACCUGUGUGUCUGACACUCGGCAAACGAUCGUGAAAUUACACUGAAAAAUUGCGUCGUUAAAACUCUUCGAAGUCCCAUCGAUUCGUUGAUUUUCUCCCUUCAAUUAGGCCAUCUUUCCUUUCGGUGGUGCUACUUAAUCACGGUUAAUAUUAAUCUGCAUUUGGGACGGAUGAUGGUCAAAUAUUACCUUUUUUGACGGCUGACAGUUGAAUUGUUGGUCGUUUGAUGGGUGAAGGUUAACCCCUUAGAGAGGGUCUGAAUGGGGCAUUAGAGUUUAGUGUUAUUUGCCCAAAAUUUUUAGUGUUUGCUGUUAAAUUGGCCAAUUUUUAAUGUUGACUGUUUCCGAAGAAAUUACUGUUAAGUGUUUGGAGGGUUCUUCGGACAUCUUCGGCAAUGGUCGGACCUCUUCGUUAGUUUUCGGAAAUCUUCGAAAGUCUUCGGUUAUGGUCGGUAGCCUUCAGGAAUCUUUUGAACUAAUCCGGAACAAGAGAGGAUAACGGGGCUCUUGAGAACAACAGACCUCAGAGAAGAUCUAAAAAUAACUUAAGAGGGAUUACGAUGGGUAUAGGGGCCAAUAUGGGGGUUAAUUCUCUUAGCCCCUUCAUCCUCUCUUGUCCGCAAUCGUCGUACAAUGGCCGAAAACCUCUUGAUAUACUAAACAAAAUAAUAUUGGCCUGUUUGGAGCCGUCUCUUUCUUCUUUCUGAAAAAAACUUACUUUUUGAAAGAAUUUUUACUGUUAGUGUUAAAAUACCUAAAUUUUAACUGUUUCAUGUUAUAAAGCCAAAAAAUGAAGUGUUUAGUGUUAUCGAGGUACCCCCAUUGAGACCCUCCUUAGAGACUCUCCCAUAACUGCCAGCUCUCCACAACGGCCGCCUUCUUCUGUCCCCAAGGUGGCAGUUCAACUGUAUGUCAACUCAGACUGCUUUAACAUACAUGUCAACUACGACUGCUUCAACGCUGGCCACGCCACACAGGCUAUAAAGGGAACGUUUUCAUAUAUGCAUAUUUCUACACUUCCAGACCAAGGCUUCCAGACUUACCCACAGAUGUAGGGUGAAGUGCUGAUAGAGAUAAGACAUGCUUCAGCAUUUCCACAGUAACGUCAGAAACUAACUCAAGACGCUUUUCCCCAUUUCUACACAUCUACAGUACAGGAGCUUAUCAAAGACACAUUUCCACACUUCCAUAGUUUAUUGACAAGCAAAGUAUUCAUACAACAGAUUCACUGAGACACUUCCACACAUUCCUUUGAGCUAGGGCGCGCCAGUUUAAUAAACAAAGGGCUCUUUGUUUUCUGCAAUAGCUUAGUCGGUAAAUUUGAAAGGAAAAAACAAUGAUUAUUUUUUAUAAUAGCUGUCGCAAUCAAAUGAUAUUAAAAAUUAAAAACAUAUCAGGUGUAGGGUCUAGCACUGAUAAGACAUACUUCAGCCUUUCCACAGUAACGUCAAACUCAGUUAUGGUUACUAAGUAAUCGAGGCACUUUCCCCAUUUCUAUACAUCUACAGUAUAAGGAGCUUAUCAAGACACAUUUCCACAUUUCCAUACUUCCAUAGUUUAUUGACAACCAAAUUAUUCAUACAUUAGAUUCACUAGACACUUCCACACAUUCCUUUGCGCUUGGGCGCACCAGCUUUAAAGCAAAGGGCUCUUUGUUUUCUGCAAUAGAUUAAUCGGUAAAUUUGAAAGACAAAAGCAAUGUUUCUAAUACUAGCUGUCGCAAUCAAAUGAUAUUAAAACUUAAAAAUCAAAACAUGGCUGCUUUCAAGGCUGUGGCUUUUCAAAGUCUUGCGUGUGUGUGGUUUUGUGUAUCGACUGCUGCCGCUGUUCAGAACUGCAGUCUAGUUAACUGUAAAGUAUUGCCCGUUGGAGAAAAUAUCGCAUCAGAAUUCAGGCUUAAGGCUUCUGAGAAAGGUGUGAGAAUGAUCUAUUUGAAUCUAAAGAUCGGUAACAACAGUUACAAUCCGCUGGAGUUGCAAGACGAGUUUCAACCCGACAGAUGGGUGUGGGCUCGGUCAAAUAAGGAACCCAUGCUUUCUUUGCCGUACGACUACGACAUUUUAUCACUGGGCCUGCUCAAUUACCAAGUGCGAAGCAUGAAAUUGCCUCUGAGAGAUGAACCGAGUGGAUGCCUUGCGGGAUUAAACUCAACAUGUCAGGAUGUGGCCGUCGGAAGAGCACUGUUGGACAAUGUAACAAGUGAAGGCGGCAAAACUGGGGUGGUCUGUGUCGCAGCGAUAGAGAAAACUGUACGUAAUGCUUUUUUGAAGCAUGAUGACACCAUCUCUAUAAAGUAUCAUUGUUGUAGGUUCAAUGCGUCAAGCAUUAACUGUGAUGUUCCUGUCGAAGGUAGCAACUGGUACCAAGCGAUUUACAACUUUCUGAUUUGCUUAGCUGUGGUGCUAAUGUUUUAUUUCCCUGCACUUCCUCUGCUGUUGCCAGACUAUAUUUUCAAUCUUCAGUAUGAAUGUAACAGGGAAGGUAACACUGAUGAACUAACUAUUCAUGCAAGAAGUGGAUACGAGGCAAUUCCUGAGAUUCAGGUCUUAGAUGAAAUUCCUGUAGAUGACGCCAGUCCGGUAACCUGUUCAACGGCUUUGCUGGGAUGUGUUCAGCAGCUGCCCGAUGUAAAGCUGUCGUUUAACCUUAAGUUAGCGGUUUUGCUGCUUUGUAUUUUUCCAUUUGGCUUUUAUGUAAAUGUAGGUAUAUUCUUGGUCCUCAAGGAGAAAUAUUUCGAUGAACUCUUCAUGAAGGUGCCACCGGAAACUUUGGCACGUGAAACUCCGAUGUUUUUCUCUCUCUCACGCUUAUUUUAUCCAACUGGACCCUUUCAAUACUUUUUAGUAGCCUUAUCAACUUUAACGUGUUUGAUGGCAGUUUUGUUUUUAAGGCCAACGGAUUUAUUCCUCAACCAGAAUUUUGUGUGUGUGCAAUGUCAUAUGGCCAAACACCUUUUCUCUUUACCUAUUACAGAAAACGAAGAUUCUGUUAGUAUUGGAGAUAAAAUACUCCAUCACUUAAAUAUUAUGCAGAAAGUGGCAUACUUGCUGAUGUUUAAAUUUCUUAACCAAUAUAAGACCGGUCUACAGAAAUUAGGAAACAUUUCUACCUGUUACUUAAAGGUGAAUCAUAACGGAUCACGUAUAAGACGAGCGCAUUGA